UCUGGGUCAACCAAGAAGAUGGAGUUGAAGAAGGCACGAGCGAAGUACAGAAUGGACACUUGGAUCCAAAUGCUGCUGACUGCCUCUGUCUCGGGAGAACCCUCCAGAACCGAGACCAGAUGAGAGCCAAUGUCAUUAAUGAAAUCAUGAGCACGGAGCGCCACUAUAUCAAACAUCUGAAGGACAUUUGUGAGGGUUAUUUAAAGCAGUGUCGGAAGAGAAGAGACAUGUUCAGUGAUGAGCAGCUGAAGAUCAUAUUUGGCAACAUUGAAGACAUCUACAGGUUUCAGAUGGGCUUUGUAAGGGACUUGGAGAAGCAGUACAACAAUGAGGACCCUCAUCUCAGUGAAAUAGGACCGUGUUUUCUAGAGCACGGAGCACACUCUUCUGUGUGCAACAGCACUUCAGGUGGUGGCAACACAGCCAGAAAUAACAAAGGACUUUCUUGGCAGGACCUGAUGUGGCAUUUUUCUGACAUAAUGCUGAGUGGGAACACACCAGGUGUUUGUGGGAGGCCCACAGCCAACCCUCAUGCUAAAAUGAGCAGUUCUUUGAAUGGGGAAAUGCUCUUCCUCCAUCCCUUUUUUCUCCCCAGUGACUACCGAUACGUGGCCGCUGCGCUUGCUGUCAUGAGGAAUGUGACCCAGCAGAUCAACGAGCGGAAGAGGAGACUGGAGAACAUAGACAAGAUCGCUCAGUGGCAGGCAUCUGUCCUGGAUUGGGAGGGAGAGGACAUUUUGGAUCGCAGCUCUGAGUUGAUCUACACGGGAGAGAUGUCGUGGAUAUAUCAGCCUUAUGGACGAAGCCAGCAGCGGGUCUUCUUCCUCUUUGAUCACCAGAUGGUUCUUUGCAAAAAGGAUCUGAUAAGAAGAGACAUCUUGUACUACAAAGGACGGAUUGAUAUGGACCGCUAUGAAGUUUUGGAUAUUGAAGAUGGACGGGACGAUGACUUCAAUGUGAGCAUGAAGAAUGCUUUCAAGCUACAUAAUAAGGAGACUGAGGAAAUGCAUUUGUUUUUUGCCAAGAAGCUGGAAGAGAAAUUGAGGUGGCUCAGAGCUUUCCGCGAGGAGCGAAAGAUGGUGCAAGAAGAUGAGAAGAUAGGCUUUGAAAUUUCUGAGAACCAGAAACGACAAGCAGCCAUGACUGUCAGAAAAGUCAGUAAACAGAAAGGUGUCGGCUACUCCCGAUCCGUUCCUCCGACAUACCCACCACCCCAGGAGCCACUAAAUCAGGGACAAUACUUGGUAACUGACGGCAUAGCCCAACCGCAGGUCUAUGAGUUCACUGAACCGAAGCGUAGCCAGUCACCCUUCUGGCAAAACUUCAGCAGGUUAACGCCAUUCAAAAAAUAAUAUAUAGAGUGAGGGGGAGAGUUUUAAAAUAAAGUUUAAAAAAAAUUAAAAAAUGAAUAAAAAUAUAUUUAUAGAUGGACCUUUUUUGGAGAAGCACUGUUGAAACUUAACAUUAUAUAUAUAUGAAUGAUAUUUCAUAUAUAUAUAGAUAUAUAGAUAUAUGAAUGAAAUUUUGAAGGACCAAAAACAUUUUUGUUAUACUUGUUUUGGGGGAAAAAUAGUAUCUGCUGCAUUAUUUUAGGAAGCACCAAGUAUUUUGAAUCAUGUAACUUUAUUUUGGCAUCCUUGGAAAUGUUGUUAAAAUUUGUUCUUGAAAUUGUUUUGCUACAGAAAUGGUGUUCCAGAAUGAUUCCUAUUUGCCUUGUGCUCUGCCUUUGACAGGUUCCAUCCAGGGCCAGUGAGGUGCAUAUUUGUUUUGAGAUUUCAUUUACAAAAACGCUCUUCUAAAAGCAUCUGGGUGCAGGGAGGGGUGUUUAAACCGCUUCCUCUCCUAUAUCCCUUCCUCUCCAAGCACCCUGGAUGGAGCCUGUCAGAGACCCAGGGAGAGAAGGAUCAAAUUCUCACUUGUUCCUCUGGAAAGAGCUUGGCUGGAGCAACUACCUCGCCAGCAAUGAAUGUUCCGGAUUGGCUCGAUUUGGUUGUUUGGAAUGAGCUGCAAUUUGUGCCCCCAUAUUCUUUGGUUCUGAUCCAAAGCUCCUUUGUACUGUGCAACUGAUACUUGUGUAGCUUUGAAUGCGGUUGGUAGAAGAACACCAUCUCUGCAGUUCUUCGGCUCUGCAAAUUCUGUGAAAAACCGGGAUUGCAGCUCAGAAGCACCCAGGCAACUGUAUCAGAGUGCGGGUGGGAAGAGAUAUGAUAUGAAUUUUAUUAUGCAAGAAAGUUUGCCUUUGGCUGCUGCUGAUGCAGCCUUUUAAUUGCAAUCACCUCCCCUUCUGUGGGACUCCUCCAUUUCCCAAUCAAACCAAUUAAGUUGUCCCCAUUUCAGUUACACAUUCUUUGGGGAUUUGAUCCAUUUCUUUCCCCUUUUUUGGUAGAGCUCAUUGCAAAAGCUUAGAUCUUUUCCUGCAUAGAAUCAAAAAAAAAAAUGUAUGGAAGUCCACAUAUGCCAGCUUAAGUGCCAAAUGGAUUCUCAGAAUUCUGGUCCGUUGGCCCAUUUCAGUGCUCCUAAGAUUGUGGCCAACAUCCAAGCACACCACAGGCCAGCAAUAACGAGUUCAUAGUCUGGGGAUCACUGGCUCCAUCAUCUCAAACCUUGUCCUUUCCAGAAAGGCAUGCAGUAUUACGGAAGAAGGUUUCAUGCUAUGUAGCCGAACAAAGCCAACCCCUUUUUUCAAAGGAUGCAUUUCACAAGCAUCCUUCGGAUCACAAAAUGCCAGGAACUAGAAGAUUGAGGGGGUCGAAAUGGGACAACUUGCCACAGCCAACUCAUCAGGCCAAGUCGUUGCAGGACAACUCAACAAUUCAAUUUAAUUAUUUGAAAUAAUUUAAAAAAAACAUUUUAUUUUUUGUCAUUCACAUUUUAUUUUGUCCUUUUGGUAUCCUUUCUUUAAUGAUUCUGUUCGACUAUUUCUUCGAUACUAGUGUAACUCUUGUCCCAUGGCGAGUUGUCGCAGCCAUUGCUCAACAAACAGACAACACUGCCAAGAAAUCCCUAAUCUUGAGAGUUUUGCCUCUUAACUCACCUGCUGUGGCCCACAUGGAUAAAAUUACCCAAAUAUAAACCCACCCAUUCCAGGACUCUUAGAUCCUAAAAUAUAUGUCGGGAGAGGAGUUGCCCGCAGUCCCAUUUUUGUGCCCUGUUAGAAUGUACUUUAUUUUUUUUAGAAAAUCUAUUUAUGCAUAGAAUCAUAGGGCUGGAAGUCCAACCCCCUCUUGCAGGAGCCUUACAUCAUCCUUAUACCAGUCAAAUGGUUCUCCAGUCUAUUUUUGAGUGAUUUCCCAAUGAUCCAGUAGCAUUGUAUUGCCCCAAUUAUAUUGCACUAUCUCAGAAUAACAGAGUUGGAAGGGACCUUGGAGGUCUUCUAGUCCAACCCCCUGCUCAAGCAGGAGACUCUAUAUCAUUC